UGCCCCCCACCCCACCCCACCCCGCGCGCUCCCCCGGGAUGAGCAUCUCCGUCCCGGAGGGGCUGACGGAGCUGCUGCAAGGCUUCACGGUGGAGGUGCUGCGGAGCCAGCCGGGGGACCUGCUGGAAUUCGCCCUCCAGUACUUCGGGCGCCUCAAGGCGGAGGCGGGUCCGGGGGCGGCAGCAGCAGGGGGGCGGCAGCAGGAGCAGGAGCCAGAGGACGGAGGCGAGCAGCGGAGCCACUUCAAUGCGGGCCCCCCCGAGACGGGCGGCCGCCUGGCGCUGCGCAGGGCCCCCUCCGAGGGCGGCCGAGGGGUCAACUUCGCCGAGGAGCCCAUGCACACCGACUCCGAAGCGGACGACGACGACGACGACGACGACGAGGCGGAAGGAUUCGCCGCUCCAGUGAUAAACCGGUUCAUUAGAAGGGCAUCAGUGUGCGCAGAAGCUUAUAAUCCUGAUGAAGAAGAGGAUGAAACUGAAUCAAGGAUUAUUCACCCCAAAACAGAUGAUCAAAGAAACAGACUGCAAGAAGCUUGCAAAGAUAUACUUCUAUUUAAGAACCUAGAUCCAGAGCAGAUGUCUCAGGUAUUAGAUGCCAUGUUUGAGAAGUUGACUGAAGGAGGGGAGCAUGUCAUUGAUCAAGGUGAUGAUGGUGACAACUUCUAUGUAAUUGAUCGAGGGACUUACGAUAUCUAUGUGAAAUGUGAAGGUGUUGGAAGGUGUGUUGGCACGUAUGACAACCGGGGGAGCUUUGGUGAGCUGGCUUUAAUGUACAAUACACCCAGAGCGGCUACAAUCAUCGCUACCUCUCCUGGUGCUGUGUGGGGUUUGGACAGAGUCACAUUUCGAAGAAUUAUUGUAAAAAACAAUGCCAAAAAGAGAAGAAUGUAUGAAAAUUUUAUUGAGUCGUUGCCCUUCCUUAAGUCUUUAGAACUUUCGGAACGUUUGAAAGUGGUGGAUGUGAUCGGCACCAAAAUAUACAAAGACGGAGAACAAAUCAUUGCUCAGGGAGACAUGGCCGACUGUUUCUUUAUUGUUGAAUCUGGAGAAGUGAAAAUCACAAUGAAAAGAAAGGGUAAGCAGGAGGUAGAUGAAAAUGAAGCAGUGGAGAUUGCCAGGUACACUAGAGGACAGUAUUUUGGGGAACUUGCUCUUGUAACUAACAAACCUCGAGCUGCCUCAGCAUUCGCACUCGGUACAGUCAAGUGUUUAGUUAUGGAUGUACAGGCAUUUGAAAGGCUUUUGGGACCUUGUAUGGAAAUAAUGAAAAGGAACAUUGCGAACUAUGAAGAACAGCUAGUUGCUCUCUUUGGAACAAACAUGGACAUUUCCGAUCCCAGUGCAUGAAGUGCAGAACGAAGCCACACGAUCUGUUAAUGAGAAAUAGCACAGUAGUGGUUAGUCCACUGAUAAAUGUGUCUAUCUUUCUGUAGAUGCUAAGCAUUUUUCUGUGAUUUUACAGGGGAUUGGGUUUGUUGG